CGCAAAACCAAACGCGUCUGCGGGGUAAUCGAUCUCGGGACAGCGCCGCUGCCUUAGAACGUCUCUGGGCAACUAGUUUUCGGAAGCGCAAGGCAGGAACCAGUACCACCAGGGACCGGGAGCUGUAAGCGGACAGGCAGCCUUUGGACCGCGCCAUGUCGUCCGAGGUCGAGGAGACCCUGAAGAGGAUCCAGUCCCACCGCGGCGUCAAGGGCGUGCUCAUCGUCUCCGCCGACGGCGUACCGAUAAGAUCGAACCUCGACGACGACGAAACGCAAACGUACGCCGCUCUACUCUCACAAUUAGCCACCAAAGCAAGGAACGUCGUGCGCGUUUUAGAUGAUCAGGACGAGCUCGCCUUCUUCCGGAUUCGAAGCAACAAGCACGAGAUCAUGGUCGCGCCGGACCCCGAGUAUCUGCUCAUCGUCGUCCAGGAGAACGUCAAGUAG